AUGCUAUCCACCUGCCGUUGGCAGCGAACGCGAAGCAGACCUGAACGCCUUGACUACACAGGCCCUUUGUACAUGCAGGCGACAUUGUUGGUCGAUCCGACUGGAUGUCAUUGCACAGCUGGUGGUACAGCUGGGCUCGGAAGUCAGUCGGCCCAGGUUGUUUUGGGUGAGUUUAAGACGGAGAGUCGAGCUCUUUCUCACAAUAACAUGAGUUGGCCUUAUUUUCGUUUUGUGCAUACGUUUUCCAGACUACCAGUUGAUCUGGUAUGGCAACUGUAUUCUGGCUAUUUCGUUUAA